UAAUUAAUAAAUACUUCUUUUGUGUGCGCAUGGAGAUCAGUGGUAGUAGCAAGAAGAGGAAGAUAAUUUGCAGUGAAGAGGAUGAAGAAAAACAAAGAGAAGAGGAAGCGAAAAUGGAGACUUUCUUUGCUCUAGUUAGAAGCAUGCGUGAGACACGUGAGCGUUGGAAGAAUAAAGUGAGUGAAGAUGUAAAGGAGAAAAAUAGAGUUGCUGUUUGGAAACCUACGUUUCAACUUGAAGAUUUUGCGGAAGAGGGUGCUGCUGAUCACAGUGAUCGGUGCCGAAACAAAGACCCUAGGGUUGGCAUAUUAGAAGGAUUGUCAACCAAGAGUGAUAAUAAGGAAGAUGAUGCAGAAAAGGGUAUUGACUUGAAGCUUUCACUUUGAUAAUGGUGCUGCAUAUGCACCAAGUGAUCGUAGCUAGAUCUUCUGUUCGUGUGUAAUGUAAAUCAUGUAAUAUGUCAUGUCUUUGCGUAACUUAUCGUUUUAGUACUGCAUUUUCUGUAAUUAACUUCAAGUAAUUUAAAGGAAUGUUAGUGUCUGCUCUCAGUUUAAUGUAUAAAUAUCACUUCAAAUCAACUGCAGAAUUUUCUUUAGCGUGAACUUUAGCCAACUGCAUCAACAUGAACCAUAACUAGAUAUUGGAAUGUCAAACCGAGGCGCGCCAAACAGCCCCAAAGUAUACCAUAAAGACCAAAUAUUAUGAAUUG